CUCACCGGCGGACAGUCAACGGACCUCACGGUUAUUACUAUUAUGGACCCGGGCUGUUUGUCGGCUCGUUUUCCAGCUGAAGCGAACGAACAGUGAGUGGAAACGUCUCUGCUUCUUCUUCUGCUGCUGAAUGAUCAUCUCAGUUUGGACUUUAUCCUCAAGAAAACCGUUUUGUUUUUUCGGAAGUUUGGACCAACUGACGCUCUUUUGAUUUCUUCGAACGUGUGUGGGAAUAAAUAACUGUCAUAACUUCAGUUUAAUGGAUACAGACACACUGUUGGAGUAUUUACACACCUGUUUGUGAUUUUUGAGGGUCUUUUUUUUGGAGGUGGACUAUUAGAAGAAUGCUUUAUUUAUAUUCUGGUCAUUUUGACUCUAUCAGUAGUUCUGUCGUGUUUACGUGAAUAUAAAACCAUAAUGAUUUCGGAGGAGAGAAGCAGCCACGUAAAUAAACAAGCCCUAAACUUCCCAGUGGGUUUACUGAUCCGCUCUCCGAAGAAGAGUCUGGCCAAGCUGGGGAGGAAACCCAGCAAUGGAUCUGUGCAGUCCAAUAACUCGGACAUCACCGUCCGCUCCACGGAGAGCGUUGGCGUCCGGCAGCCGGCCAAGAGCAAAAUACGCCGCCACAACAACAGGCUUUCAACUGUUUUCAACCACAGCCCCAACAGUGGGCGCCGCGGCCAGGCGCCGGGCAGCGGGACCACGGCCGGUGACCUGCAGGCUGCAGACGACCCGUCGGAGCUGUCCAGUCAAAUGUCUGUGCCUGGCAUCCUGAAGAUCUUUGGCUGCGACAUCUGUCAGGGGACCAACUACAAGAGUGUUCUGGCCACCACACAGUCCAGUGCAAAGGAGCUGGUGAAGGAGGCCUUGGAGAGGUACUGCCUGGAAAAAGAAGACGCCAACAACUACGUGCUCUGCGAUGUGAUCGGCCAGACGGGCGCAGACAACCAGUGGAAGAGGGAGUGUUUCCGGGUGGUGGGAGACAACGAGAAGCCCCUCAUGCUGCAGUCACUUUGGAAACCCAAGGAAGGCUUCUCCAGGCGCUUCGAAAUCCAGCUGAGAGCGAGCGUUGAAGAGCAGAGUUUAAAGGACAGAGACACCGUCACAGCAGGCAUCAACGCUCAGGCUCGUAAGCUGCAGAAGAGCCGCUCCAGAGUGACCUCGCUGUUCGUGGACGGCAGCGGCGAGGAUGUGGACGGACUCGGGAUCUGGAGGAGUCUGAGCGAGAUGGAUCUGUCCACGAUGGGGAAGGAGGCCAGCCGAGUCCAACAUAGCGCGCUCAGAGAGGAUCCAGAGGCCGAGGCCGACAAGGAGGUGCUGCGUCUCGGCAUGGAGAAGGAGGAGACGGAGAGCAGCGACGACAACACCACCCAGUACUCCAUUCACCCACCAUUCGACUUCCCGUACUUCCUCCUGCUGCAGGGCUACAGCCACCGACAGGAUUUUGUCAUCUACCUGAUGAGUGGAACCACCACCAUCUUUGGCUGCUGCAGGGAGCACUGUAACGGAGAAGAUGAGGAGAGGUUAAAGGUGGACAUCCUCCUCUUUGCUCCCGACGUGUUGCCUCAGCACUGCUGUAUCAGACGCCUGGACUCGAACAUCCCAACCUCCACAGGGGAGCACAGAAAGACUUUGACGAUGCUGAAGCCUCUCCAUGGGGCCCCUGUGACCAGAAAUGGUUUCCUCCUGAAAGAGGAAGUGGAACUGAACCCGGGUGACCUGGUUAGCUUGGGGAAACACUACUUGUUCAUGUUUAAGGAUCCUACCAGCACAUCAGGGUCCCUGCAGACUCCUCUGUGGAUGAACACGCUCUGCCCGAACUCUGAUGCAAAGACAUCCUCCUCUUGUUUAUCAUGUGGCUCCUCCAUCGCCAUGAAAAGGCUCCGGAGGAAGCCUUCACCGCCUCGUUGGAGGGACCUGGAAGGCACGGAGGCUUUGGUGAGCUAUGAGCUGGAGCAGGAGGAGCGAGUCCUGCAGGAGGUUUUGGAUAUGUUGGACCCCAGCGGGGAAGAACCAAAGCUGACGCCGGCGUUCCUGCUGAGCCUCUGCAUCCAGCACUCGGCCGCCACGUUCGAGCUGACGCACUUCAGACAGCUGCUGCUCCGGAUAGCCGUACAGAUCCAGCUCGUUAUGUGGGAGAAGACAAAGGAACUUGCAGCCAUCCAGCCAGAAACUGAUGGGCAGCCCGAGCGUCUUCAGCUGCUCAGCAUGGAGGAGCUGAUCCCAGGUCUGCAGCCUCUGGUCCUGUGGAUGGCCAACUCCAUUGAACUGCUGCACUUCGUCCAGCAUGAAGUCCCUCAGCUGCUGCCCUGGAGGCAGGACCAGAAGGACAAAGGUCUGUUGGACUCUGAGAUGUCCUCCACUCAUACAGCUUGUGAGGAAGCCAUGACAGUCCUGGAAGAAGUCAUCAUGUUCACCUUCCAGCAGUCUGUCUACUAUCUAACAAAGAGUAUGUACUCGGCUCUGCCCGGUCUGCUGGACGGGAACCCGUUCUCAGAGAGCGGUCAGCUGCGAGUGCCUGACGAACUCGGCGGCAUCCUGGAGGUUCUGAAGGAGGCGCUGAAGCUUCUCACAGCCUUCCAGGUCCAUCCGGACAUCUCGUUACAGCUCUGUGCCUACCUGCUGUUCUUCAUCAACGCAUCGCUGUUCAACGCCCUCAUGGAGAGAGGCUCUGUCGCUGGGUUCUACCAGUGGUCUCGAGGUGUUCAGAUCCGGGCCAACCUGGACCUGCUGAUGGACUGGAUCCAGAGCAUCAGUCUGGGCGAUCUGGCCAACGAGUACCUCCAGAAGCUCUCUGCUGCUGUCAAUCUGCUGGCCACACCCAAAGAAACCCUCCUGCAGGCGUCCUGGGCUUCUCUCAGGACUGAGUUCUCUGCCCUGAAUGCUGCUCAGCUUCACCACAUCCUGAGAGAGUACAGCUCUGGUAAAUCCAGUCCCACCGGCUGGACCCCGUCACCGGACGAUGCAGAGGACGCUGUCAGGACGGCCGACAUCCUGGAGAGCUUCGACAGCCACCCGCCGCUCAUCCUGCCCGACAGCACCUUUCACCUGGAGCUGGGUAAACCCGUUGUGGAGCCCGCUCUGUUCCAACAGCUCACUCAUCUGCAGGAGUUCAUAUGCCGACUCCCCCGCAGUGAAACCCAAGCCGAGCCCGAUGUGGAGGAACAGACUCUCAACGGGACGACCGCAGACAGCCAGGCUACGACCAGAGCCUUCCAGAAUCCGGCCCAUCAGGUGGUCCCCGACCCGGUUACCUGCCCCGAUGCAGACCUGGACCGUACCUCCCCUGCAGAGCCGCCUCAGGCCAGAGGAUCUCAUGGUGACCUGAGCAGCUGUGAGGCGGUCCUGACCCAGAAGCUGAAGAGCCUGGAGCUGCAGAACACCCUCCCGGGACAUGUCGACAUGGGCUACCACAAGAGCCUGGCACUGGACCCGUCCUGCCUGCUGACGCCACCCAACACCCCGCAGGGUAUGGAGCUGGAUGAGCUGGAGGCCAAUCUGCAGGAGGGCGCCCGUCAGCAAAAGAAAGCCAGUGGAUGUGCUGACAGGAAGACGGUGAGUGUAGAAGAAGAAGAAGAAGACAGAGAGGAAGUGUUCCCGGUGGAGCUUCACAGAGGACCUCGCGGCCUCGGCCUGGCUCUUGUGGACGGGAAGAAAACUCAGCUGAGAAUGAGCGGCAUUUUUGUGAAGUCCGUUGUUCCCGACUCUCCUGCCGCUCAGUGUCACAAACUGAGAACGGGCGAUCGCAUCCUGGCCGUUAACGGCGUCAGCGUGGUCGGAAUGGAGUAUAACAUCGGUAGAGAACUGAUCCGAUCGUCAGGAGACUCUCUCAGACUGCUGGUGGCCAAAAUCGACUCAAAGACGAGCAGCACGAGCUCGGCUACGACUAAAUGCUGAAGGACGAGCUGUGUGUGGACGAUCAUGUGCAAUUGGGGAAUACUUGCAGGACGUUUGUUUCACACUUCCUGCUUCUCAUUUCACACUGUGUUGUGAAAUAGAGCUGGUUUGUGUGCGUUGAGACAAUCGACCCAAAGCAGCCGGAAUGACUCGAGACUUGAGGGCACGGUCAAGUUUUUAAAAGCUCGUUUUGCUGCCUCAGCGUCUUUCUGGCCUAUAAACAAACUCUGCAUCGGGGCUCGACUCCACACUCGUAAACCAGUGAGGGUUUGGCAGAGAGGAGAGCGGCUGCUUGUGGCAAUUUGUAGUUGUUAAACAUCUAUUUGAAUGUCGUGAGUUCACAGUAUUCAGUCCGACGAGGUUCAUGUCUGGCAACAACUGCAAUUAUUCAUUUUUACAAUACGGCUGUUUUAUAAACUCAUAUUCCUUUGAUCUGUCACUGGGCAUCAAGCAUUCGGACAAAUAUAUUUGUUAAUAUUCUGUCUUUUUCAGAAAAUCCCCAAAACCAAAGAAAGACCACACUGGGAUCAGGCAGAAUUAUCUCAAGUUACUGGGAGAUUUUAUUUUCUUAUUUUAUAGAAAAACAAGUCAGACAAUAUCAUUUUUCUUUCUUUGCAUUUUAGCAGUUGGUCAUUUUCAACACACGUCGUUCCACUGAAGAUCAUAGGAACAACAGCUCAGGUAAUGGGUAACAAGAAUCUUUCUCUGCAAUUAUUUCAGCAUUUAAACAAACUGGAGGAUGAAAUGUUCCUCUUGAUAUCAGCUGUAAACUUUAUUUGUAUCAUAGUGGAUCAGAGUCACAGUGAUGAACCGACAGAGAAUUAUCUCCUCAACUUUAUUUAUUUUUAUACCUUAUAGCUUUAAUAGCUUACAACGUUACUGUUUUGAUUCACUCUCAACACUCGCAUGGCGUCGUUAAACUACACUACAUACCAGUUAGAGACGAGCUGGUGAACAUAGCGGAGCAUUUAGCAGAGAAAGAGACAGAGAUUUCACUCAGGAGGUGGUGGAGACCAAAAACAGAGCGAAAAGACAGAAUAUUGGACUUAAAUUCAUCAGGCAACACAAACACAAAUACUGAUAACGUUGUUCUGUAACUGUGAGAUGAGUUCAUUAGCAACUAUUUCUACGUCGUUUUGGAGAUAAACAGUAUUUUACAUUUUAAAAUGCACAGAAAGAAAAUGUUACUUUGUCUGCUUCAGUCAGUUGUUUGUAUGUUUUGGGAUCUUUUAGUGGAGCGACAUUCACAUCUACACACACAACAAUAUGUGCAGUAGUGAUUCUUCAAUAAAGGAAUAGUUCAACAUUUUGGGUAUUAUGUUUAUUCACUUUCUUGUUUGCAGUUAGGUGAGAAGAUUGGCGCCACACUCUCACGUCUGUCUAUUAGCUUAGCUUAGCAUAAAGACAGCGGGAAACAGCUUGCCCGGUUUUUCUCGUCUGUCUCCCCUUGUUUCCAAUGUUCAUGCUAA